GUCUGUUUUCCGUCAGAACUUUGAACUGUUAAAUCUGACUUAUUAUUUCUAUUUUUAUUAAAAAAAAACAAAAACAAACGCUAUCCUACAUAUUCUUCAUAAUUAGUACAUAUCAUAUUAGUACAUAGCACAGACUAGGUACAUAGCUAUGGAUUCGGAUGGAGAAAUAGAAUAUCUUGAUGAAGAUGCUGAUAUCGUCCAGCAAUGUGUUCAAACAACUUUUACGACUACUGAAUCGGUGACUCUAAAAAGAAAAGUUAACGUUAAUGAUGAUGGAAAUCAACAACCACAUCUCGUCGAACGUAUUAAUUCUGAAAGAAAAAAAAGGAAGAAACCACAGAAAGACGAUGACUCUGAUUACGAUCCAACCGAAGAUAUAAUGCCUCCAAGCCCACCAGUUAGUCCGUCUCCAAGCAAAAGAAGGAAAAUAACUUUGCGGAAAUAUACUAACAAAUCUACAUCUCAAACAGCGAGACCUGUCCAGCGGCAUGUGAAGCCUGUCUUACAAAGUACAGUAAAUCAGUUUUUCAACCGUAAAAAAAUGACUAUAAAAAUGCCAGAUCACGAAGAUCCUCUAUGUUUACCAGUUAGAGCUGUAAUGACCAUUGGAAGUGAUAUCAAUAGAUUGAGAAACUGGAACAAAGCAUGCAUAGAACAUUUUAAACAAUGUGACAAUUUAUUUACACCAGAAAAAGGUGAAACAAAAAAAUCAGCUCGUACUACUGUUCUCAAAAAGGUGGUCAAUAAAGAUUCUGGUACUUCAGAGACUGCUGUUUGGACUAAAACUUGUGUCAUCAACAAAGAGGGCAUAAGGAAGUCAGAAUUAUUCCAAUCCAUGUUACCAAAAUACAGAGAGAAGAAAAUUUUGACUCCUUUCACAGUGAAUCCUGCAAAACAAUAUAAGUUCCAUCAUAAAGAUGAGGUGUUAUUGACAAAGGAGGAAUAUAAAAACAAUGAUGUGUUGGUUGCAUAUAAACCUCAAGAGUCUCUGUCUGCAGUUUACAAAUUUGAAAAACAGAAUAUGCAAGAUGGUGAGAAGUCCACGGAAUCCAAUAGUGAGACAAGACGUGUGUUGCGUGAAGUGGCAUGUUGCAAGGUGUGUGCAUCGUGUUACCAGACAUCUUGGAGAGGCUCCGUCUCUAAAACAGAUAAAAAUAAGUUGCAGUGUCCUAUAUGUAAACGUAUAACGAUAAGCGUAUACAAUUUGCUGACCCAUGUGCGAGCGCACUCCGCAAAUGACGUACGCGCUCACAGGCGUGCCAUCUCACUCGCACUAUCCGGGGUAGUAGACUAUCAUUACAAGUGCCGUAUCUGUCAAUUAAAGCUUCGAAGCAUCAAGGGCUUGAGGGAGCAUGUGACUAAACAUAAAGCUCCAAUACCGUUCAGAUGUGAAAUCGGGAAUCACAUGACAAGAUGAUGUCGCUUUGAAAUCAAUUAACAGUUGUUAAUAAAUUUUUAAUUUCUAUCAUU